CAGACCGAUAGCAUCCUCGCCGGGCAGUUCUGUGGUGGUUGCUAUGCUGGGUAGUCGCGCUGUUGUAAUUGCCUGCCAGGAACGGGGAGGUGCUGAGGUGCAAGUUUGGUGCUGUGGAGAGGGAAGAUACCAAGACGUGAGACACCACAGUUAAGGAUGACCCAGCUAGCGAGUGGUCACACUGUGGAGGUGUUGGAGGGGGAGGAGCUGGAGCACCAGGAGCGUGACUUCCAAGGUUAUACCAAUGGCCUUAUCCGCCUCAACCCCGGCAGGUGGCUAUACCCGGCAGACUACACCAAAUUUGCCGACAGCCUCUUCAAGUUCAAGUUUUGUGAAAGUGAUGUGGUGGUGAUGACGUGGCCAAAGUGUGGAACAACAUGGAUGCAGGAGAUCGUCUGGACCAUGAGGAACAAUCCUGACUUGGAUCAUCCCUUAGCCAGCCAGUCAGUCAUGGCUCGCUCUCCCUUCCUUGAUUACGAUAUGUUGGCGUUCUCAAAGAACGUUCCACCGAAAGAUGAUAGCCAUCCUGUAAUAAAAGCAUUUAAAGUAAAGUGUCCUGGUAAGGACCCCAAGGAUGGAAUAAUGUUGCAACUGUCGGAGGCGUUACCUGAUCCACGGACCAUCAAGACCCACCUGCCCUUCUCUCUCCUCACUCCGGAUCUUCUGGACACUGCUAAGGUGGUGUACGUGGCGAGGUCUCCCAAGGACGUGGUCGUAUCCUGCCAUCACCACUGUCGUCUCUUCCGCCUUCAAGACUUCACCGGCUCCCUCGACCAAUUCGUCCAGUAUUUCCUGGACGACAACUUGGUGUUCGGGCCGUACUGGCUCCACAUGAAGGAAGCCUGGGAGAAGCGCGACCAUCCUAACAUGCACUUCGUAUUUUUUGAGGAUGUCAAGACCAAUACAAUGUUGGAACUUCAUAAGCUCAACAAGUUCUUAGACACCAACCUGACGGAGGAGCAGCUGCAGAAGGUGGCGCAUUACACCAGCUUCAGCGAGAUGAAAUCUCGGGAGGAGAAGAAAUUAGAGUUGUUAUCUUCUCCCAACAAGCAGGUGCUGUCUAGCGACGGCGGCUUUUUCAGGAAGGGUGUGAUUGGAGAUGGCCAGAAACGUCUCAGUCCGGAACAGCAAGCAAAAGUUGACCAGUGGACCAAGAAGCACAUCCAAGACUUCGGCGCUUCCUUCAAAUACUCCUCAUGAAGGGAAUAUGUAACUCACUGGAGGAGUCAAAUGUGUUAACCGCAGUAUAGUCUGAGUCACUACCAGAAUAUUCAAAGUGUAAACCCUGUGACAAACCUUUAAUGUAUUUACUAGAACACUAUAUUGUUGAAUGUGAAACUGUAAAAGAUUUUAGACCUCCUGGCCUAUUGUACCACCAACUGUGUAACUAUUUCAUUGAAUCUGGUGUACUGGACGACAUCCUAACAAUUUAUCCAAAAUUUGCUUGUCCAUUUUAAAAAUGAAAAACAUUAUUUAUAUUAUUUUUAAGCUGCCUCUCUUAUAAAUCCAUCCCUGUCCUUGUGUGGCAGUGCACAAUGGAAAGUUGAUUUUACAUAUUAAUACAUUAAAACAAUGAUUCUAACCAUGAUAUAUAUGUGCUUCAGCCUACAGUUUAGACCU